CCGCCGCCCCGCCGCCCCGCCGCCCCGCCGCCGCCCCGCCGCCCCGCCGCCGCGAUGGUGGAGCUGCCCGUGGCCGCGCUGGUGCUCGCGCUGGCCUUCUUCGCGCUGCUGGACGGCUGGUACCUGGUGCGCGUGCCCUGCGCCGUGCUGCGCGCGCGCCUGCUGCAGCCGCGCGUCCGCGACCUGCUGGCCGAGCAGCGCUACGGGAGCCGCGUGCUGCCCUCCGACCUGGACCUGCUGCUGCACAUGAACAACGCGCGCUACCUGCGCGAGGCCGACGUGGCCCGCGCGCACCUGGCGCGCUGCGGCGUGCUGGGCGCGCUGGGCCAGCUGGGCGCGCGCGGCGUCCCUCGCCGCCUCCUGCGCGCGCUACACCGCCGCUCGCUCCGCCUGUUCGAGCCCUUCGAGGUGCGCACCCGCCUGCUGGGCUGGGACGAGCGCGCCUUCUACCUGGAGGCCCGCUUCGUGAGCCUGCGGGACGGCUUCCUGUGCGCGCUGCUGCGCUCCCGCCAGCACGUGGUGGGCGCCUCCCCCGACCGCGUGGUGCAGCACCUGUGCAAGCGGAGGGUGAGCCCCCCGGAGCUGCCGGAGGACGUCCAGCACUGGAUCGCCUACAACGAGGCCAGCAGCCAGCUGCUCCGUGCCGAGAGUGGACUCGGGGACGCCGCCAAGGACGAGUGA